AUGGAAGUUGAGAAAGGGUCAUCAUCAUCAUCAUCAGUAUCAAAUCAUCAAUCAAUUUCAAAUGAAUUUGAUUUAGAAGCUUACAUUAACAAUUAUACAGGUUUCACCAAAAUUUAUAGAUUACUUUUUAUUGCUGAAAGUUGCAAACCAUUAGAAGUCGAAGCUUUUAAACAAGCCCUUAAAGAAGUUCAAAAAACACCAAACUUAGAAUUAUACAAUACUAUAGUCAGUAAAUCACAUGGUAUCCUCGAAAUUGAUCCAUCAUAUAUCGAAGCUCUCAAUAAAAAGAAUGCCUCACAUUUAGAUAAAUUAGAAUUAGAUUUAAAUACCGCAAAAUCAAAUAUGAUUAAAGAUGCCAUUCGUUUUGCUCAAAACGAUUUAGGUGAAUUUUAUUAUAAAUUAGGUGAUACUCAAAAUGCCAUUAAAUGUUUUAUUAGAACUAGAGAUUAUUGUACAACAUCAAAGCAUGUUUUAACCAUGUGUUUCAAUAUCAUUAAAUUAGGUGUCGAUACUCAAAACUACACUCAUGCACCAUCAUAUAUUGCCAAAGCUGAACAAUGUCCAGAUUUAGAUAAUACUUCAAUUGCUAAACUUCGUUCAGUCAAUGGUUUACACAAUUUAGAUAGCAAUAGAUAUAAAGUAGCCGCUAAGAAAUUCAUUGAAACACCAUUCGAACAAUCAAACACUUUUUCAGAUAUUAUGUCACCACAAGAUAUUGCAUAUUAUGGUGGUUUAUGUGCAUUGGCCUCAUUUGAUAGAAACGAAUUAAAAAAAAAAGUUAUCGACGAUCAAAUGUUUAAAAACUAUUUAGAAUUAGUACCAGAACUUAGAGAAUUAAUCAACGAUUUCUACAACACUAAAUAUGGCUCUUGUUUAAAAACACUCGAUAAAAUGAAACCAAUAUUACUUUUAGAUAUUCACCUUCAUAAACACGUUGAAAGCUUAUAUCAAAAAAUUAGAAGCAAAGCUUUAAUUCAAUACUUUUCACCAUAUGUAUCUGUAGAUUUAAAUAUUAUGGCAACUGCUUUCAAUACUACUGUUCCACAUUUAGAAAGAGAAAUCAGUAAAUUAAUUAUGGAUGGUGAUAUUCAAGCUCGUAUCGAUUCUCAUAAUAAACGUCUCUUUGCAAAGAAAGCCGAUCAAAGAACAACAACCUUUGAAAAGACUAUGCAAGUUGGUCAAGAUUUCCAAAACUCUACCAAUGGUUUACUCCUUCGUUUAGAAAUGUUAAACAAUAACAUUUCAACUGUUUCAAAUCGUAAAGAAAGCGAAAAAGCAUUUAAUGAAUUCCAUAAUCUUGGUCCAAAUUCCCACCAACAUUUAUUUUUUACAAAUAAAUAAAUAUUAAAAAAUAAUUAAAAAAAUUAAAAAAAAUAUUCAAUUUGCAACAAUAAUAAUCAUAAUCAUAAUUAUAUGAACUUAAAAACAAUAGUAACAUUAACAACAACAAAACAAUAAUUAAUAAAUAUAAUAAAUAGUAAUAUUUGUUAUUUAACAAAACU